AUGUCUUCCUACAAGCAAGGCCCCAGUGGUAUGCUAGUGUGUGUCACUGAUUAUUUGAUUUUGAGUUUUGGUGCCGUAGAAGCUUUCUUAGAUGAUAAUAAACUUAUUUUAUUUUUUUCUUUCAUAUCCGUUUAUUGUUCGUUUUUUUCGGGCAUAUAA